AUGUGUCCUCCUGAUGUUCGUCUGAAGAUCAGCGUCCUCGUUCAAGUUCAUCCUGUGAGAUCUCAGCAGAUCAUCGUCUCUUUGAUUCAUGUGCAGCUGAAACCUCAUCCUCUCACCGCCUCACUCUCAUCCUCUCACCGCCUCACUCUCAUCCUCUCACCUCCUCAAUCUCAUCCUGUCACCUCCUCACUCUCAUCCUCUCACUCUCAUCCUCUCACUGCCUCACUCUCAUCCUCUCACCUCCUCACUCUCAUCCUGUCACCUCCUCACUCUCAUCCACUCACCGCCUCACUCUCAUCCUGUCACUCAGCCUGUCUUUAA